AAAAGAGCGACACAUUCUAAUUUAUUUUAUUCUGAUUAAAAAAAAACAUUUUUUAUUUCGUCAGGUGUUUUUCAUGUCUUCUUCUUAAAUCAUAAAGCUGAUUUUUUAGAGAAAACAAAUUUGAUGUCCUUCAAAGGCCUUGUGGGUUGGUCACGUGAUACCAGUGUUUCGUUGAUCCCGCCAGAAAAUGUGGCUGCCAGCCUCAAAGAAAACAGAGAAAAUGGCGAAUACGGGACCAGGAACCAGGUAGAAACACCAUUAUCGAACCUGUGUGAUUCCACCAAACACCAAGCGGCGAAAUAUCUGCAUAAAUGAAGCGUGGACGCGGUAGACCACCAAAAAAUCCUGUGUCAACUUCAAAGUUACUAAACAGCGAGCAACGCGGAAGCCAAAAUGGCCGCCCGAGCCCCAAAGUCGAUUCCCCCCAAGGUCCUAAGACGCGGGGACUGGCCCGUUCAACGCCACGAAAGACGUACUUUGAAGGGCUGCCAUCUAGUGACAGUGAUACAGACUCUGAUUCAAGCUAUGAAUCAACUGUAUCGACUAUUUCUAGCGUUUCUAGUUAUAGAACACCUCGAGUGAUACCUAUGCGAACGGUGACUCCACUUCGGCUGCCCCCAUCAUCGGAUGAUCUUCUUCUGCCUGAUAAUGAAGUGAUCAAAGCCCUGGGUAUUUACGAGGUGCUUAGGCAGUUUGGCCGUGUUUUGAGGCUUUCUCCGUUUAGAUUUGAGGACUUUUGCGCAGCGAUUGCAUCUGAAGAACAGUCCUCUUUGCUCUCCGAAGUUCACCUGUCUCUGUUCAAAGCUCUCCUUCUAGAAGACGAAACGAAUGGUUUAACUUUUACUGCAAGCGACGAAAAAGACAGCUUCAACAUUUUUGUUCAUGAAUUAGAUGGUUUUACAUGGCCUGAGCAUAUAAGAAGUUACAUAAACUCUGAUAAGUUAGAAUUCGCCGAUUUGGAAUCCAUCGUUCGCGGUCGAAGCGAAGAUAAUCCGUAUCCCUUUGCUUCGAUCGAAGAUCGCCUUACUUUAUUGCAACGUCUCUCGGACCUUUUCCUAUCCUCUAACUCUAUUCGCGAGGAAAUUAUCAACGAAGGGAUGCUAGAAUCGGAAGAUCAUUGCCGUAGCUGUGGUAAAAUGGGAGAUCUGUUGUGUUGCGAGAUUUGUCCCGGUGUGUACCACCUUCAAUGUUUAAAACCUCCGCUAGAACAAGUCCCGACAGGUGAUUGGCUGUGCCCUGUUUGUGAGGCACAUCAAGUAAAAGGAGUGACAGACUGUCAUUUAGAGUGGACCAAGGAUGGAUGGCUGAGGAAUGCCCCUUUGGGAAUGGACAGAGAAGGGAGAAAGUAUUGGUUUCUAUCCCGGCGUCUGUUUGUGGAAGGUGAACAAGAUUCAUUAUACUUCAGCAGUAAGGCACACCUAGAUGACCUGAUUCGCUACCUGGUCGCUGAUGGCCAGGAAAGAAAACUUUUGGCAGGCAUUCGCAGCAAGUACAAUGAGAUUACCAAGCAGAUGGCUAUCACAGAAGCCCUGGUGGAUGCUGUUAGAGGUGACAAAAAAUCUGGGUUAUUAGCCAGGAGAAAGCAAGUGAGCAAAGAAGAUGCAAAACCAGAUGAAGAUGGGGAUUCUACCAAGCAAGAUGACAAGGCUGCACUAGAUGUCAAUUCUACACUAGAUAGCAAGGCUAUAGCUUCUACUGAUGUCAAGACAGAAAGCGCUGAUACACCAAGCAAAUCAGUCUCUCUCACUUUCAUCUCUGAUGCAGCGGUCCCCAAGCUCUUCACGGCUCCACCUGUGGAUAAGAAGCCAGAAGAACAGGAUAUCGAAGAAAGCAAAAGAGCAGCACAGAACCAAGAGUCUAACAAUGAUGGAGAUGGGUUGAAAGAAACAAACCCCUCAGUUGAUCUAAAAAAGGACUCUGGUUGUCCACUCAAGCAAGAUGAAAAUGUUAAACUUUCAGGGUCUGAAGCGCACCAGGGCAAGAAGGAGUGUGCUUCUUCCCCAACAAUGAAACCAAGCCAGCAAGUGAAAAUAGUGCUGAGUAAGGUUGACUCCAUAGAUGGACCCAAAGUGUUGGUCAGUUUGGCCCACAAAGAUACCAAAAUGGAGAAUAUGGACUGUGACAGUAGAAGCCAUCCCACAGAAACUUUUGAAGAGGGGGGUUUGGGUACCCCUGAUGUUAACAUGAAGGUCGAGCAAGGAACAACGCUGGUUGUGAGCAAAAAGCAAGACACAACAGAAGAUAAUGAUGCUUCCAAUGAGUCCUCAAGUCAUGCGACAAGAGCCUGCUGUCUGAAUUUUGAGCCCCAAGGUGGGGAAACGCCCAAAACAACCGACCACAAGCAAGAUGUGGAUGCUACAAGUGUUUUCAAAAAGACCAAGGAGGAAUUAGUCCCAAUGGAAAUCCCAACUGGACCCUUCUUCAGACUUGGCGAGGAGCGCAAUUUUACUCUUUAUGUGAACCAGUUCUCGAUCAACCCUCAGGCAUUGAACAAGCACCAACAUGGGGAGUAUAGAGAGCGCAAAAGGGCGGUCAAUAAUAAGUUUUGCACUACCUCCAUGGAGUUCAAAUGGACACACGAAAUAUUUGGUAGCAAAGAGGUCAUCUUGAACACUCUUCGUAGCACCAUAGUGAGUCUAGAAAAUAACAUCCCCACUGCAUUUAUGCAUCCUGUGUGGCCUCUGCAGAGAUCGACAUGGGUGAGAGCAGUACACAUCUCUGAGAAACCACUGGAGUUUGCCGCGGCUUUGUCUUUCCUGGAAACACUGAUAAAGCCAGUGUGUUUUAUACCAGCGUGGACAGAAGCUCAUGGACAUACAGGAAUGCACCGUGCACUCGUCGAAACCAAAGCAGAAAAGGCACAGAAGAAGAGGGAUCAUAAAGAUGAGGAGGAGGAGGUGGAAAUUAAAGAGGAAAAAGUGUUUGUGAACUAUUCCUGGAUUCCUACACACACUGUGUGGAAGCAGAAAGGUGAAGAAUAUCGCAUCUUUGGCAAUGGUGGAUGGACCUGGUGUAGCGACAUGCAGAGCCGGAAACGGAAGCGUUUUCUUACCAAGGAUAAGAAUGACUUUGAGAGCAAAAAGCGUAAGCUAACACAUGUUGUAGAUGGCAUUAAUACCAAGAAGGAACUUCGUAAGAAACAAGAAGAUAUGAAAAGGGCCCUUGCUGCUGCUAAGAUAGUGAAAACAGAAAGGGUAAAUGUUGCAAAAGGGGUUACACAAGGGAUGCCUGUCACAAAAGGAAGAGUUGUCACGCAAGGGAUGCCUAUCACACCAGGAAGAGUUGUCACACAAGGAAAAGUUGUUACACAAGGGAUGCCUGUCACACCAGGAAGAGUUGUCACGCAAGGAAUGCCUGUCACGCCAGGAAGAAUUGUCACGCAAGGAAUACCUGUUACGCGAGGAAGAGUUGUCACACAAGGAACAGUGGUCACAAAAGGUAUGCCGGUCACACCAGAAAGAGUUUCCUUGCAAGGAACAGUGGUCACGCAAGGAAUACCUGUAACACCAGAGAGAGUUGUCACGCAAGGAACAGCUGUCACUCAAGGGAUACCUGUCACGCCAGGAAGAGUUGUCAUGCAAGGAAUGUCUGUCACACAAAGGUUACCCAUUACGCAGACUGCUGUAACACAAGGCACACUAAUGCAAAGAACUCAAGUAACGCAAGGAAUUUCCAUACAAAACACAGUGUUAAUGCGAGAAGCACCAGUUUUACCAACACCUACUGUGUCUGCGCAAUCUUGUCCACAAAAAAUAAUACCAACAACUAAAUUCCCACCUUAUGUCCCUCGGGCUGAGCGGCAAACUGUCACUACUGCUGUGCCUGUGGUAGCUAGGGACCCUGUCUCACCGGCAGUCACACAACGGCCAAUCACAACUAUGUCCACUGCAGUUGUCACACAACACCCUGCUUCAACUAUCACAACACCUGCUGUCACACAACACCCUGCUUCAACUAUCACAACACCUGCUGUCACACAACACCCUGCUUCAACUAUCACAACACCUGCUGUCACACAACACCCUGCUUCAACUAUCACAACACCUGCUGUCACACAACAUCCUGCUUCAACUAUCACAACACCUGCUGUCACACAACACCCUGCUUCAACUAUCACAACACCUGCUGUCACACAACAUCCUGCUUCAACUAUUACAGUGCCAGUUGUCACACAGCCAAAAGUAACAACUUUUACCGAGGUAGCUGUCACAAAACAACCUACCUUAGUUGCCACUAUGCCAGUUAACACACAAGCAGUUGUCGCAAAUAUGGUCACGCAACCUCAUGGUACGACUAUAGUCACACCAGCUGUCGCAAAUAUGGUCACGCAACCCCAUGGUACGACUAUAGUCACACCAGUUGUCACACAGUCAGCUGUGGCAACAAAAGAACCUGCCAGAAGAACAAUUACGCCAGUUGAUAAACAGUCCCCAGUGACGACUAUUGUCACCCCAGCGGUUCCAGAGGCUUCUUUUGCCAUCUCUAAGGUAACAAAUACAAAACUACCUAACGAAACAUCAACUGGGCUUCUGCUACCCCACAAUAUUACAGCUGAAGAAUCAUCUGCAAAGAAAACUUUUAACUUAUUGCAAAUACCUGUUCAAUCCGAACCUGUUGGCCGUGAACCACUUAAACAAAAUGCUGAUGCUAACAUACCUUUGACAAAUAGUACAUCUGAAAAUAUUACAAGGUCAGACACAAACCCUGCCUUAGAGAUCACCCAAGCAGUGCCAGAUUCUGUAUGUGGUAAGAGCUUUGAAGGAAAAUCCGAAAUAAAAGAAAAAGUCGAAGAGAGCAAUGCCAAAGUUACAUCUUCCCAAGUGAUGGAUACUAAUAUCAUCAAGGGUACAAGCCCCGCAGGACACCUAGAGAGUAAACUUCCAGGAAAUGCCAACAGUUCAGAAAGUCUAGAUGAAGAUCAGUUGCCUGCUGGGUCAGUGAGUGAUCAGGAAAAUCGUGAAGGGACCACAGAACAAGAUGCAUCUAGGGAGACUACUCCAAGACAGAGAGGAGAAAGUGGAGUUUCUCUUGUAUCGAAAACCUCAUCAUUGACUGAGGAAUCAGAACUACCUUGCAAAGGCAGCAGUGUUGAAAAGAUUGACCAUGUUGCCACUCCGAUGGAAGUCUCUUGCAUUCCUAACACUGAGCUUUCAGAGAAGGAGUCCCAUGAAAGAUUUUCCUCUCUAGAAGACGAUGGUUGGGUGGUUAUUGAUGGCACAGAAGUGCAGGAAACUGGGUUGGAGGAAGGGAAUGUGAUGAGCAAGGACACUAAAGGGGAAUUUGCAAGCGCACUGUGUAUUGACUCUAAUGAUAAUUCUGGCAAAGUAUUCCCUGUUAAGGGUCCAUUGAUGGACUCUAACGAGAAGGUCUCUUCGAAUGAUUGUGGUGCAAAGACAAUUCUUAAUCAUAUACCUGAUAGGAAUGGUCCUUCCAAAACUAUGGCCAUCAGUCCAGAUAGCUCAAACACUGUCUUCGCUAAAGAGAACAAAGAUGGACCACAGAACUCCAAAAGGAUGGAUAUAGAACAAGAAGCUAUGGAGAUUGAUGAGGAUACUUCAUUACAAAGAAAUGUGUCGGACUUUUUCGAAAAGUCCUUUGAGGAGAUAAGAUGCGAACGGAAACGUGCUAGAGACUCGCUUUUAGUAGAAGAUGUACAAAGUGUUUUGGGAAAUUCGGUAAAACCAAGAAAUUUGGAAGACAAUUCCGAGAAAAUCGAGGAAGUGAGGUUGAAGCCAAUAGCGACUAAACAAGAACAGUCUGUAGCUGUCGCUGUUGCUUCCUCUGCUUCAUUUCGAGCACAAACCGUAGCUCCUAUUACUCAACCAGCAUUGUCUUCCCCCCUAGUGGCUCAAUCUGCACCCCCCAAUUCUCAAGCAGCCCUGCCAGUAGCUCCUGUUAUUCCACCAGCACAGUCUACAACUCAAGCAUCACAGCCAGUGUCUGGCGGUGUGCAACUGGCUCCUUCUGCGGCCUCUUCUACUCAAGUGACGCGUUCUGUGGCCUCUUCUACUCACGUAACGCCUUCUGUAGCCUCUUCCACUCAAGCGGCACCUUCUGUGACCCUGUCUACUGAAGUGACGACUUCUGUGACCUCGUCUACUCAAGUAACGCCUUCUGUAGCCUCUUCCACUCAAGCGGCGACUUCUGUGACCACGUCCACUCAAGGGAUGCCUUCUGUGGCCCCGUCUACUCAAAUGACGCCUUCUGUGGCCUCCUCUACACAAGUAACGCCUUCUGUAGCCUCUUCCACUCAAGCGGCACCUUCUGUGACCCCGUCUACUCAAAUGACGCCUUCUGUGACCCCGUCUACCCAAGCUGCGCCUUCUGUGGCCUCUUCAACUCAAGUGGCGCCCUCUAUGGCCCCAUCUACCCAAACGGGGCAUUCUGUGACCCCGUCUUCUCAAGCGGGACCUUCUGCGGCCUCUUGUUCUCAAGUGGCACAAUCCAUUGUAGCUACUGCUCCUCCAAAACCAACGGUGGCUUCUACAACUUAUCAGGCACCUUCCACAACCACUACUACUCACCCAUCACAGCAGACGACCAUUUCCCUGGUACCAGCACAGUCUUCUCCUCUAGCUGCCCUUGCUACACAGACAACGCAGUCAGUGCCCCAUACCAUGGGAAACCCCACAACACCCAGACCACCCUCUUGUUUAACACAACAGACUUCUACCCUUACUUCUACCCCUGCAAAGCCUGCUGUUUCACAAUCCAUAAAAAUUGCAAGGCUGCAGAACCCAGGGAUUGUUACUGCGUCAUUGGCAUUGAAGCCAAGACAGGUGCAGCCUAUAUCUACCACGAAGUAUGUCCCCAUAGGCCCCAAACCCAUCCUACCAAACCCAUCAGGACCGCAAGUGCCGUUAGGCGGUAACGUAGUGCGCCUGAGCACUCCUCUAAUAACUACUUCAGGUGGUGCAACCCCCGUUGGCAACAUCGCCGCCUUGGUGGCAAGCAUUCCUGGAAACAUGGUUACUAAUGUCACCGGUAAUGUGGUUGUUCCUGGCCAAACCCAGCUAAUUCGGAUUGUUACCCCGUCGGGCCAGACAUUUACUGUCCAGGGCACCAUACAGGGGGGGCCUGGGGCGACUAGUGGUGGCACCAGUAUAAGAGUCCCUGUGUCCAUCAAGACAAGCUUGGGCCUCACCCAACAACAGGGGGUGCGGCCCAUAGCUGUCGCGCCCAAGACAGUGGGGGCUAGCACGCCCAAAACAGCUGUAUCCAUGACACGGCUGGUGCAGUCUUCAACAAGUACUCCAAGCAAGUUGCCGCCGAAGCAAGAGAAGUACCCGAUGGUGGAACCGCUGGUUCGAGACCCCCGCAAACUCCUUGACAAUCGCAUAGCUAAGUGGCGCCGCAACCGACAUUCCGUGAAGAGCGUGUUCCGCCUCUCCAAGCGAGACCUACGGGUACUGGGGCGACGCGCGGGUAUGCGUGAAGUCCAGCAGUUCAUGUAUACAUCCCGCGGGACUGGAAUCACGUGGCCAGCCUCGUUUCCAAGACCAUCGUUUAAGGUCGCAUGGAGAUACAGGACUCAGAGUCUUCAGACACUGGCCGGGGCGGGGCUUCAGCUGAGGAUCCUCCACGCGUGCCUCAAAUGGGAUGAAAUUAACGUGCGACCACCACGUUCCAACAGCACGACUAUUAGCACAAGCACUGGAACCACCACCACCGAGAUAGUAGACCAUCGCUACGUAUCUCCGGACGGCCUUCAAAUGGAGUUCCUGGUCCGUAAGACGAUCAGAACCCUGCGAAAACCAGUAAGCGAAAUUCCACGGUCCCCACCCCCCACAACAAGCAAGCGUGGUCGGACGCUCAGACCGAAGAUCACACUCAACCCUGAGUUCAGCGAUGACGAGGAGGAGAUGGAACCGGUCAACAUGGGACCAAAGGUCUUCCAGACCUGGUGCCCGGAGGAAAAGCUAGAAUUGUGGGAGAUUCGUCAGUACCAGGAACGCCGUGAGCGUGAGAAGGCCUUAGAGCAAGAAAAGAAACUACAGGAGGAGGCAAUGAAACGUGCGGCGGAAAUGAGAGCAGCGGCUGUGCAGAAGCGGGAACAAGAGCAACAGGUGAAGCAACAACAGCGCCUCCUCAAAAUGAACCAAAAGAAGGUGCAAAAUGCCAUCAAGACGCAACGUAAAGUCGCCGCCACCACUGUCACACACGCAAUGGUCAACCCAGCCUACAAGUCGCUCAUCUCGAGCCCAACCCUUGCCUCGCCACAAGUCGUGUCAGCGUUACGUCAGACGGCCCCUAAGCAACAGCCAGUUGUGGUGCGGACUCUUCAGCCGCAGACAGCGGUCAGCAGACCACAGGUGACCAUGAAACCUCCGGUCAUCAUGACGCCAUAUCAGCGGGCUCAGAUGCAGCCUGGGAUGACGCCACAGGCUUCAACUAUAAGAGUCCAAGGUGCUAAGACAGUCACCAAAACACCUCAGCGCAGCCGCAGCACACCCAAAAUGAAGCACUCGUCCAAGGAACAGCAGCAAGCGAAGCAGCAGAGUGCCAAGUCCAAAGGCAAGAAGACGAGCACAGGCGGCAAUGUGCCAAUCCUGAUGAACCGCAAGCUCAUGUCGCUAGAAUCAAGGCAGGACUUGAGUAGAAUCGCGAUCUGCAGGAAGGUCAUUGACUCCAUGCUCCACAAGAUUGAACGGAACGAGUCAACCGAGAAAGCGAAGGAACACAAACGGGAGGAAGAGAACCGAAAGAGAGAGAAAGCCAAGCUGAUGAGGCUAGACGGGCUCUUAUACAAACGAAAGGAAGCACUCCGAAAAGAGAUAAUGAAAAAGCGGCUGCUGCUCGAGAAAGAGCUGACAACAGAGUUGGUAAAAUCGAGCAAGGCCAAGGCCACCAGGGACGAGACCUCCCGCAAACGCCGCCACGAGGAAAGCCAGGGAGACCAGGUGGAACCUGUUGUUGAAAAGAGACCCAAGUGGAGCGAGGAUACCACGCUUUAUUGUAUUUGCAAGAAGCCUUAUGAUGCCACCAGGUUCUAUGUCGGUUGUGAUCUGUGCGCUAAUUGGUUUCAUGGUGCAUGUGUGAACAUUACGCCCGAGGAGGCUGCCGCGAUGGAUCACUGGUCGUGCAAGGAUUGCAAGCGGGAGCAACAAGAUGUGGAGCAGGAAGAGGUGUACUGCUUGUGCCGACAGCCCUACGACGAAACCAAGUUUUACGUCGGAUGCGACUCCUGUCAGGACUGGUUUCACGGCGCAUGCGUCGGAAUAUCUGAGAACGAGGCUGAUCAGCUCGAGUCCUACGUGUGUCCGCGAUGCAAGGAGAACCAAUCAAAACUCGCACUGCAGCCGCUGACCAACAGGGACCACGACUCACUCAAGCGCAUGCUUCGAUCACUACAGAGUCACAAGAUGGCGUGGCCCUUCCUUGAGCCUGUCAGUGGCCUGGACGUUCCCGGAUAUUAUGACGUCAUCAAAGAGCCCAUGGAUCUUUCUACCGUCGAAGACAAGAUCACAAGCAAAAAGUACGCUACGCUGGAGCAGUUUGUCAGUGAUGUCACGCGCAUUUUCGACAACUGCCGAUUCUUCAACGGCAAGGAUACGCCGUACUACCGCUGUGCAGAAGUACUGGAGGCGGUCUUUGUACAGAAGUUACGCGCUUGGAAAAGCAAAAAGUAAAGUCCCCGGAGGAUCAUACAGUAGAAGUAAAAUCUCCGGAUGAUCACACGGAAGAAGUAAAAGACCCGGAUAAACCGUUUUCUAUUGAAGUAAAACCAUUAGCCAUAUGUGUUACUGCUCCAGUAUAAUCUAUUUUUGUAUCUCACCUUCUUUAAUCCUGGUGGCAAAAAAGCGAUUUCUUUGUCAAGAUUACAUAAGUUCGCCACAUAAUUAUGGUACAAUUCCUUCAGCUUUAAUAAAAUGUGAUGUGAAAAUGUAAAAGAGAAUGCAAAAUUUACGAAUAGCGUCGUCACAUCCCAUCAUGGCUCGCGUAGUUUUACUGGAUUAGCAGAGACAUAGAAGUUUUAAUAUGGGUAGAGCCUUGUCAACGAUAAGGCAAUGAAAUAUUGCCGAACCCCCUCGUGGUGAAACCAAACAUGGUGCUCAAACAGGAUAGUAUUACUGAACCCAGCAAUUAAACCCAGAAGAUCUCUUCGAGAACAAGAAGUGUUGGACGAUAAAUAGGAAAACCUUCUGAUAAAAUCAAGCAGUGAACAUGAAAAAAAAAACGUGAAAAAAAAAGUGAUGAUAUGACUGUAAAUGUACAUUUGGUAAUUACAGAUUCCUAGAGCAAAUUUUAAAGUCCUAAAAACCGUGUCUCACAGAUGACGCUUGAAAACGUCCUGUAAUUACGCCGCGAGGAAAAGCGCGUGUCCGCCAUUGUGGUGGAAGACCUGUCUCAUCGCCCAUUGUACCCACGUUACACCGCAAAUGCAAAGGCGUGUUACAGUCAAACUAGUAAAACCGUGAACUGAGAAAAUAUGUAUGGAAUAUUUGUUUUGACCAAUCAUACGCAAGAUUUUCAAACAGUCAACUAGAAACAUGUCUUAGUAAGUCUCAGCGCCUGAAUUCUCGCUUGUGAUUUACCAGAAGACAAUACACAUUCUACACACAUUUUUGAUGUUCACGAUUUUACAGGUCGCGUGUAAUGGUACUUAUCUAUCUGUCUUAUUGUGAAAUAGUAUUUAUACUAAUGUAUAUUUAGCAAAUAAAACAAUUGUUGUAGAAUGUUUUAAUAAAAAUAUAACUAAAA